ACAGAGCAGUGGGCGGGUGCUUCACCGCAAACGGCACGGGGGCGUUUUAUGUGCGGCUGCCGCCGUUCGUCUGCUUGCGGUGAAUGUGUGAUCGAGGUCCGGUAAUUGUCCCCUCUCCGGGCCAGAGUUCUCUGCACCAAGGAGAAGCCGGAAUAGGGUGAUGUCUGAUUGGCCACUGGGGGGUGGCUGUCCUCUCGGUCACCAGCUCACCCUCUGAGGCUUAUGGGAUAGGACGCCCCCCUCCCCCCCGCCCGUAACCUCCCGACCUGUAACCCCAGUGACGACUGUGCCAAAUACUGUGCCUGGCGAUUGGAGCCCCGGUCCUGACAUGGGCAGCCCCGGCUGGGAGGUGGGUCCGGCAGGGCCGGUGGAGCCCGUGCUGGAGGUCUUGUGUCCAGAGUGUGGUCAGAUCCACCGGGCCUGGGAGAACCACCUCUAUAACUACCGCCUGGAGGUGGACGAUGACCUGGUGUGUCACAUCUGUCUGCAGCCACUGGUCCAGCCCCUGGACACACCCUGCGGACACACCUUCUGUGCUCGCUGCCUCCGCAGCUUCCUCCAGGAGCGGGACUUCUGCCCGCUGGACCGGGAGCGGCUACAUCUGCAGGUGUGUAGGCGGAGCAGCAUCCUGGUACACAAGCUGCUUGACAAGCUGUCUGUGUCCUGUCCCCUGGCCCCGGCCUGCAGCCUCAGCAUGCCUCGCUGUGACCUGGAGGCUCACCUCAAACACAGGUGUCCGGGGACUCGGUCUCAGCAGACCAAUUUACAGGGCCCACCAUGUGAUCACGGGGAGGAGGGAGCCAUGGUGACCAGCCCACCCAGGUCCCCCCGCUCCCUUCAGACGGAGACAGACCUGCGGGAGGAGAGCUCACCUUCGCCCCCUGGUGGCACCGCCAGCAGCAGUGUUCCCAUGUGGAUUGAUGAGCCUGGACUGGACAACCCUGCCUUUGAGGAAAGCACUGAGGAGGACAGUGUGGUAGGGUUGGAGUGUGUGGUGCCCAGGGUUAAGAGACCCCUCAGUAACCCCUGCAUCCACCUCCUCCGUACCGCCAGCUCCGCCUCCUCAGGGUGGGACUGCCCCGAGUCCCCGCCCCUCUCCGCAGAAGAAGGUUGUGUGAAGCUGCCGUCCAUUCCAGAGGGUGAGAUCACCACCAUCGAGGUCCACCGCUCCAACCCCUAUGUAGAACUUGGCAUCAGCAUCGUCGGGGGCAACGAGACGCCCCUUAUCAACGUGGUGAUCCAGGAAGUUUACCGUGACGGGGUCAUUGCUCGAGAUGGCAGGCUUCUGGCCGGAGACCAGAUACUACAGGUCAACAGUGUAGACAUCAGCAACGUGCCCCAUAACUUUGCCCGCUCCACGUUUGCACGCCCCUGUGCCAUGCUACAGCUCACUGUCCUGAGAGAGCGCCGCUGUGCCUCUCGCCCGCCCCCUUUCACCACCCGUUCUGUGCCUCACGCCCCCUGCUCCACCCCAGAGAGCACCCCAUCCAGCCCUGCCAGCCUGAGGAUCACCCUGCACAAGCGGGACUCGUCAGAGCAGCUGGGCAUCAAGCUGGUGCGCAGGACGGACGAGGUGGGGGUGUUUGUGUUAGACCUGCUAGACGGCGGCCUAGCGGCCAAGGACGGGAGGCUGUGUAGUAACGACCGCGUGCUGGCGGUCAAUGAACAGGACCUACGCCACGGCACGCCUGAACAGGCUGCUCAGAUCAUACAGGCCAGCGGCGAGAGAGUUUUUCUACUGAUUGGCCGGCCCAGUAAGCCUACCCCUCCACCAAGCUCCACUUCCAACAGAGACCUGUACUGCCAUGACCACUUCCUCCCCAAUCACCAUCACCACCACCACUACAGCUUCUCCCCCAGCCCCAGCCCAGUGCCUACCUGUGCCCACCUGGCUCGCUCCAGCACCCACAGAGACCUGUCCCAGUGUGUGACCUGUAAGGAGAAACACAUCACUGUGAAGAAGGAGCCUCAUGAGUCUCUGGGUAUGACCGUGGCCGGGGGGCGGGGCAGCAAGAGCGGCGAGCUGCCCAUCUUUGUGACCAGCGUCCAACCACACGGCUGCCUGUCACGUGAUGGACGAAUCAAACGAGGUGACAUCCUCCUUAGUAUCAAUGGCCAGGACCUGACCUACCUGAGCCACAGUGAGGCGGUGGGCACCCUGAAGGCCAGCGCAGCAUCGCCCUCCGUCCAGCUGAGGGCGCUGGAGGUCAGCAUGGUGGAGGAGCCGGGCCAGGUUCAGAGCCCCGAGGACCAGCUGUUUCCCCCACAUCACCACACACACAACUCAGACUACGACUCCUCCUGGUCCCUUUCUUGGGUCUUGUGGCUCGGCCUGCCCAGCUACCUUCACAGUAGCCAUGAGAUUGUUCUGCGUAGAAGUCACCCUGGGAGCUGGGGCUUCAGCAUCGUCGGGGGAUACGAGGAAAACCAUAGCAACCAGGCAUUCUUCAUCAAGACCAUUGUCCUUGGAACGCCUGCAUACUACGAUGGCCGCCUCAAGUGUGGGGACAUGAUAGUGGCGGUUAAUGGACUGUCUACGGCUGGUAUGAGCCACUCAGCCCUGGUACCCAUGCUGAAGGAGCAGCGUAGCAGAGUGGCUCUCACCGUGGUUUCCUGGCCUGGCAGCCUGGCGUAGCAUCAUGCCAUACUGAAAUUACUGUAGGCUGGAUCUAACCAGGGCCAAAUCAGGACUGUAUCGAAAUCAGGCUAUGGCGCCAAAUCAUACCAUACUGAAAUUGUUUUAGAUUGGACCUACUGUAACCUGGGCCAAAUUACAGACUUCAUCAAACCAGGCUAGAGGAAACCUGGCCCUAUUGAGCAAAAUCACUUGAUACUAGGGUGGACUGUGUUCAUAUGGUCAUGUUACCGGGACUGUAUCUGUUCAAGGACAGUACAUCGUCUCUGGACUGCAGUUGAAUAUACCAAGGGUGCGUUCAGGUGGCCUCAACAGAUAGAAAUUCAUUGCAUAGAACAGAAGAGUCUCUGCCAUGUAAUGAUUUAGAUCAGCUCUAGGCCAUGUAUUUCUGUCUGAAACGUUGCUAAGGUUAUCAGGAGAAAAAUGGGAUAAAACCUUUUCACCUACUCGCUCCAACUGAAUAAACCCAAGGCCUUGCUCUGGGGGCCCAAGUCCCCUGGACACAGCGUUAGGCCUCAUCACCAUGACGACCCAGCCAUCAGCUCCCUGGGGUUUACUUGUGGAUUCUGCCAUUUGAUAAAUAUUUUCCACAGAGA